AUGACUACUCGUUUAGAGGAACUAUUAUUUAGGUCUUUAGUCGAAUGUGACGAAACCGCUGUUUUGCAUUAUGUAUCUAAAGGUGCGAAUCCAAAUAAAAUAACCAGCCAAGGCAAAACAUGCUUAGGUGAAGCAUGUAGAAGAGGAAUCAUAUCUUUAGUCAAAUUGUUAUUGGAGUCAUGUAAUGAAGAUAGCACAGAAAUAUCAAACGUUGAUUUAAAAAGAAAACGUUUUAAAUCUCAUAAAAGAAAGUUUAAAGCUAUAGAAUACAAUGGAAAUGUAAGCAAAUGUGAACACCGUAGUGAAGAAUAUCAAGUUGAUGGAAACAAAUCAAAAUUGAACAGUAAUAAAAGUCAGGAUUAUGUUGUUCUCCUGAGUAGUGAUGGCUCAAGUAGUGAUGAAAGUCGAAUAGGCUGUAAUAGUAAAUCUCCAACAAGCCCCUUAUCUUCAACAACAGUACCUUUAGCUGAUUUGGAAUGGGAUGAGGAUAUAGGUACAUUUGCACCCAAUACAAGUGAAGAUGAGACAUGGUCAUCAAUGUAUAGAUGGUAUGCAGCUAUAUUAGAAGAUACAGGGGCAGCUAUAGCAGCUGCAGCUAAAGUUUCAAAUGGAAUAAAUCAACAAGAUGCAUUUAUGAGAACAGCAUUACAUUAUGCAGCAGAACAGGGUCAUACUGAAGUAGUUAAAUUAUUAUUGGACUCUGGGAGCAAAUUAGAUUUAAUUGCAGGAGAUGGUCUUACGUCCCUGCAUGUCUCAGUUAUUAAAAAUAAUAUUGAAACAGUGAAAUUGCUAUUGUCAGCAGGAAGUCAAAUAAACUAUAAAACUCAUGAAAAAAUGACAGCAUUGCAUUUUGCAGCUUCCAGGGGAUAUUUAGAGAUAGUCAAACUAUUAAUUAAUAGUGGUGCUUAUAUAGAAGCAAGAGAUACAAACGAACGCACAGCAUUGUACUUAGCUUCAGGAAGAGGGCAUGUAGAUGUAAUCCAGUAUCUAAUAUUUUCCGGUGCCAAUGUAAAUGGAGAGGAAAUUCAUGGUUACACACCUCUUUGUGAAGCAGUUUGGCAUAGGUACACCCAAGUGGUUGAACUAUUACUAUAUUCGGGAGCACGUGUAACACAUUCCCAUAAACUUUUACAUAAUGCUAUAAUGCAAGGACAAGAAGAUAUUGUGCGAAUGUUAAUUAAUCAGUGUGGAGGCAUUAACUUACCCAAUGAUGCUGGUGAUACACCUCUUUUAUUAGCAAUUAGACAGUCACAAAUUUCAAUUGUAAAGGAACUUCUAAAAAAAAAUGUUAAUGUAAAUAUUUGUAACAGCAUAACUGGGGCAAGUGCUUUACAUAUAGCAGUUGAAAUUAUUAAGUGUCCAAAGCAGUUUGAGCAGUUACUUAUUUAUUUGUUGGAUUAUAAAAUAGAUAUUAAUUCUGUAGCCCUGACUGGUGAUACAGCGCUGAACAGGGCUCUGUUGUUACAAAAAGAUUAUGCUGCAAUAUUGCUUAUUCAAUAUGGAGCUGAUGUCAACACAUUUGACCUACAACCUUGUGGUUUAGACAAUUUGUCAAUAGUGAAGAAAAGGAAAUCAAAUAAUCUUGCAUCUUUGUUGCUUAAAGCUGGUCAUUAUAAACCAAUAUGUGAAGAACAUCAUAACAAUUUAGAAAGAGACACAACGGCUUAUUGGCUGUAUCACAUAUCUAAAGAACCUUUCAGUCUUUUAGAUCUUUGUAGAAUCAAAAUAAGAAUACUAUGCAAGCAGCCACUACAUCGCUACAUACCUCUGUUACCUUUACCAAAUUGUUUAAAAAAAUUCCUAAUGUUUAAAGAUCUUUUGUAA